AUGUCGCCAGGAGCCGCAUCCAAACAGUCCAUGACGACCGAUUGCAUCUCUUCGCAAGACGCGGAGGAGCUCCGGAAGGAGCAUGCUUACAUCGCAGCCCGUAUCGAAUCCCUGGCUCGAAAGAUGCAGCUCGAAACAAAGAUCUGCGAGGCCGCUGUGUCACUCUCGCGACUCCAUGUCAACAGUCAAACAUCCAUUCAAGCCGAAGAACAACUCACCUCCGCAAACCACCGCGUCAACGAAAUUGCUUCGGAGAUUUUGGUCCUAAGUAAACGUAGCGCAGACAUGCAAAAGAAACUCGAGGUGUACCAUGACCUUGGGCUAGAUGUGCAACCGUACGGAAAUGGGAAAAAUCGGUUUUCGGCCGUGUUUCCAGGUGGGGCCGCUGCAGGGAGGGCGAGGGAGUGGGUUGAGGAUAUGGAUGAUUUUAGUGAGCCUUCGUUUUAUCGGCCGACGUUGACGUUGGAUCCGGAGGCGUUUCCGGUUGAGAUUUCGAGGUUUUCGUUGUCGCUUGAUACACCUGCCCUCUCUGCUUCAUCGCCUACUACCACCGCACCACCUUUGAGUGCAGACGUCUUCCAGGCUGAGGCACGGUUACGCGCGACGAAUCAGACCCUAAAAACCUGGUUGAAGGAACUACGGACGGAAGAACGGGAUCGAAGGAGUUUCUCGUAUGAUGGGGAGGAGGUAUUGAACGGCGAGCAUUCGAAGGAGACGUCGAUCAUUGAUCUUGUGACAAGGGUCGAGAACCAUAUCCUGGAGUUGAGGGAGAGCUACGAUCACCGUUCGGUCACGCAAUUGAACGAAGCUGAAAAUAUGUUGUGCAAGUUGUGGGAGUUUCUUCCCGCUACAGGCGGCGGCGACGACGAGCUCGAUACCAGUUUUGAUGCAUUUGGAUUGCGGUUGCAAAGCAUGAUCACGCUUCAGGAACAAUUACAGGUUGAAUUGAAUCAGGCUGAAGCAAAAGCGAAGGAGUCUGAAGAAGAGCGGGAGUGGGUCAUGAAGAAUGUUCAGCAGAACCACGAAAGUGAGAUUUUGGGGUUGAAGGAUGAGUUGGAGAGGUUGAGGAAGGCGAAUGAGGAGGAGAAGGAGGAGAUGAGGAAGCAGAUGGAGGAAUUGACUGCUCAACAUGAGACGCAAAGGACGGCGUUGGUUGAGGAACAUAUGGCUGGUGUGGAGAAGAUGAGGGAUGAGCAUGCGACGGCGUUGGAGCGCGUGCUUAAGGAACGAGAUGAUGUUUCUGCGUUGGAGGGUGAGCAUCAUCAGUUGAGGUCGGAGCACGAGGACGUCAAGUCUGAGUUGUCGUCUCUGCAGGCACUCUACAAGCAGGUCGCUGGUGAUCACGACACGUUGCAGUCGACCCAUUCGGGGAUAUCUGCACAGCUUCAAAGUCUGCUCUCGGAGCAUGAGCAGUUGAAGCAUAAUUUCGGGAACCUCGAGUUUGAGCAUGCGUCUAGGUCCGCUGAACUCGAGAAGCUGAUGAGUACGCAUACUGCGGCUACUUCUGAGCUCGAGCAGGCGCAGAAGACGAUUGAUGAGAUGGUCGAGAGGGAGGGUCAGCGUGCUGCAGCCAUUACCGCCGCGAAGGAGAUUGAAAUCAGCUUGAGGAAGCAAGUUGAUAACUUGCAGCAGACGAUUCGCGCGAUGGAGGAUGAACGGAGUGCUGAUGAACAGGAGAUUAGGUUCAAGCUCAAGGAGGCCGAGGCAGAGUUGGCGGAGGCGCAGACUGAGAUUGCGGCGUUGAAGGAGGAGUUAGUUGAGAGUGCGAAGGUGGAGAAGGAGCUGUUGCAGACUGAGGAACAGUUGGAGCAGGUUAGAUCCGAGCUUGCUGAGCGCGAGACGAGGCUUGAAGCUGUUGGUGCUCAGCUUGCCGCUACUCAGGCGAAGGCGGCGAAAACUGAAGCUGAUUAUAACAGGUUGCGGGAUGCAAAGGCUGCGUUGGAUAAGGAGGUUGCGGAGUUGAUCGAGUUCAAUAAUGAUGCUGAACGGAUGUUGCAUGAGAUGCGUGCUCGGGCUGGACAUGCGGAGGAUCGCGUCGCGGCGGUUGAGGUCGACCUCGCUAGAAUGGAGAUGGAGAAGAAGAAGGCUGAUGACCAUCUUGCUGAUGCGGAGGAGACAUUUACGAAGUUGCAGCGUGAGAGGGCGGAUGCGGAGGAACGCGUCAAGGCUACUGAGCAGCAUGCGAAGGAGGAGGUUGAGGGUGCGGAGGGACGGGUCAGGCAAAUUGAGAGUUUGAUGAAUGGGUUGAGGAUUGAGUUGGAGGAGUUGAGGAGUAUCAUGAUUACCCAGGAAGCUAAGAUGAAGAAAGAGCAUGAGGAGAAGAUCAUGAUGACCGAGCAGCAGCAUAAACUUGCUGAGGACGGCUUGAGGGAGAAGUUGAGUAGGAGUGAGGGGGAAUGGAAGGCGAUGGAGGGUGAGAUGAGAGGGGAGUUGGAGAGGCUGAGGGGGAUGGAGAGGGAGGUCCAGAGUUUGAGGACGAGUAAUGUUGCGUUGUUGGAUGAGAUACGGAUUCUCAAGGAUCGCGCUGUCCCUGAUGGCGAACUCGAUGGUCAUGGAGAUGGUAAUGAGCCUGUUCUUCGUCAGCAAUGUCAUGAUUUGCAGAGGGAGUUGGAUGGGAUGUUGGGUGAUUACGAGCGCCUUACACGUUCCCAUCUCGCAUUCGAGAGUGAGCGGGCACAGCUUGACAAGACGAUCGAUGGGCUGCAUAAACAGGUCGACACACUCUCUGCUCAACUUGCGGAUGCGAAGGUCGCGUUGCUUGGACGGAGACCGCAAACCCCGUCGAGUGCGGGGAGUGGGUUGAGUGGUGGUGAUUCAAGGGAGUUGAGGGAGGGGGUUAGUACCUCUACCCUGAGAUUGGAGUUCAGAAACAUGGUGAGGGAGAUGAGGGAGGUGCAUCGUGCUGACCUUGGGAAGGAGAGGGAGGAGAGGAGGGCACUUGAAUUGAGAGUCAGGACGUUGCAGGAUAAACUUGGCGUGGGAAAGAUCUAG